AUGGACACCCGAUAUCUCCUGGCUCUGCUUCUCAUCCUCCUGGUAUUGGGAUUUGAGGUCCAGGGGACCCAAUUGCUCCAGCAAGAUGAGGCUCCCAGCAGCACGCUGCUCUCCCAGAUGCAAGAUUCACUCAGUGGUUACUGGGAUACAGCCAAAUCAGCGGCCCAUACCCUGUACCAGAAGACAUACGUUCCCGUGGACGAGAAAAUCAGGGACAUGUACAGCGUAAGCACGGCAACUGUGAGCACUUACGUAGGAAUCUUAACUGACCAGUUCCUUUCUCUGCUGAAGGGAGACCUGUAACAGCUGGGCCCCCUAUCGCAGAGAAGGGGAGAGUCCAGACUCCAGCAACUGCUUGGCUCUGUGACUUACCCCUACAUCCUGGCAGCUCCCAGGCAUCCUGCUCCCAGCUUUAGCCUGAUUUCUCAUUAAUAAAA